UGAAAAAUUUCUUACCUUUUUGAAAAUUUUCUCCCUUUUUCUUUCCUUUUGGUUUUCUCUUCCUCUCAAGAUCAUCGUCUUAUUCAAAUAAAUACACAAUGGCUGAAGAAGAACACGUUUUCGAGCAGGCUGAUGCCGGUUCCUCCUUGACUUACCCAAUGCAAUGUUCCGCUUUGAGAAAGAACGGUUUCGUUGUCAUCAAGGGUCGUCCAUGUAAGAUCAUCGACAUGUCCACCUCCAAGACUGGUAAGCACGGUCACGCCAAGGUCCACUUGGUUGCCACCGAUAUCUUCACCCAGAAGAAGAUGGAGGAUUUGUCCCCAUCCACCCACAACAUGGAGGUUCCAUUUGUCAAGAGAACCGAGUACCAAUUGUUGGACAUUGACGAUGGUUUCUUGAACUUGAUGACCCAGGAUGGUGACACCAAGGAUGACGUCAAGGCUCCAGAGGGUGAGUUGGGUGACUCCAUCCAAGCUGCUUUCGACGAGGGUAAGGACUUGUUGGUCACCAUCAUCACCGCUAUGGAUGAGGAGGCUGCCAUCUCCUUCAAGGAGGCACCAAAAUAAGCUGAGUAAUUGAAGAGAAAAUUGGAGAUGGAGGAAAAGGAGAAGUGCUGGAAGAUGAGAACGAUUCCAA